CACAUAUUGGGAUCCGAGUAAUGUUGUGCUAGUGGCGGAGCUGGAGGUGGUGGCGGUGGCGGUGGUGGUGGUGGUGGUUGUCAACCAUGACCAGGAAGCUCUAGGGUUUUGAAAUUACAAAAGUGGAGGGGAUUUGGAGCUUGGCUUUGCCUCUCCGAUCUCAACUUUUGUUAUUUCAGGACACUAGAGCGUCAGCAUUUGCAUCCUUUCUAUCUCUCGGAUCUAGGAUCCUUAUUUUCUCCGGUAGAUUCUGGAUUUUCUCUUGUUGAUUUCCAACGCAACCCGUAUUACGAACAUUCCGUAUUUUUAGUUGGUUUGGCCCGGUGGAUCGAUUAGUUCUUCGCCGGAGCUCGAAGAUUUUUGGGCUGCUCAACCUACAUUUCACUCUUUUGUGGGUUGAGGCUUUCUUGGAGUCCAUCACGAAUUAUUGUAAUUUAAGUUCAAGGAAUUCCUUCCUGUGCGGGCGUUGGAGGCAAUUGAGUGGGAUUCAAAUGUUGUCUGUCGUCAGGCAGUAGUUGCUUUUGACAAUUAAGAUUACAACUUAUUUCGGCGUUGAGAUUACAACUUAUUACAGCAAUUUAGUGGGAUUCAAAUGUUUUCAGAAGAUUACAACUUAUUUCAGCGUUGAGAGGCAAAGUUGAUUACAAAACAUUUGCUCUUCUCUCGUUGGAGACUGGGAGCUGAAGAGGAAAGCAUCGAGUGAUCUCGCAUUAAUGUUCUCCGAACUGAUUGGGCAACAAUAGAGGCGUUAAAUUUCCAGAAUUUCCAUUUACGGUAAUAGGUUUAAUGAUGUUAGAUUUCUCCGUUUAGUUCGAGCCCAUCAAAUUUCGAUUGAGACCUAAAAACAUUUGCACCGUAUACUCCAGAAUCUAUUUGGUUACGAUGCCGUUCAAAAGCUUUGCUCGGGAGCUCAGGGAGAUGAGGGAUGGGAUUUCGUGCAAAUCGAGGAGAGGGGGAGAAGGGAAGGAUAUGGGCAGCCACAGGAGAUCGCAUAUUAGCCCUGAUGUGUCACGGUUCCAAACGGAUUCGAUUGAACAGGGCCCGUGGGCUAACCUACCUCCGGAGUUACUUAUGGAUGUGAUCCAGAGAGUGGAGAAUAGCGAGACAUUGUGGCCUGCGAGAAGAAGUAUCGUUGUUUGUGCGUCUGUUUGUAGGUCAUGGAGAGAGGUUGUAAAAGAAAUUGUCAAGGCUCCCGAGCAAUGCGGAAAGAUUACCUUCCCUAUCUCAUUAAAGCAGCCCGGGCCCCGUGACUCGCCCAUUCAGUGCUUUAUAAGGAGGGACAGAUCAACUUCUACUUAUCGACUCUAUCUUGGUCUUUGCCCUGCUCCGUUGGGGGACAACAAUAAACUGCUUCUUGCAGCCAAGAAGGUUAGAAGAGCAGCUUGUACAGAUUAUGUUGUAUCCUUGGUUGGGCAUGAUUUCUCUCGUGCAAGCAAUACAUAUGUUGGAAAACUAAGGUCCAAUUUCCUGGGCACCAAGUUCACCAUUUAUGACAGCCAGCCUCCAUGCGACUCUGUAGUCCAAUCAAGUAGUCGGUCAAAUAGGAGAAUCCAUUCCAAGCAGGUAUCUCCAAGGGUUCCAGCAGCUAACUAUGAUGUAGCCAUCAUCAAUUAUGAGCUCAAUGUUCUCCGAUCAAGAGGACCGAGGAGAAUGCAAUGUACAAUGAACUCAAUCCCCAUCUCUGCAAUUCAGGAAGGGGGUACCGCCCCAACACCUACUGAACUCCCACACUCCUUUGAGGAGGCACCUGCUUGCUUAUCAGUUUCGAAAUCCAAGGAUCCAGUUGUUGACUCCGGCUCCACAAGCCUCUCAGAGACAGAGAACAAGAGAACAAGAGAAGCACUAAUUUUAAAGAACAAAGCACCUAGAUGGCAUGAACAGCUGCAAUGUUGGUGUUUAAAUUUCAGAGGGCGUGUGACGGUGGCCUCUGUUAAGAAUUUCCAGCUCGUGGCAUCUGUGGAUCCUUCCCACAAUGUCUCACUAGCAGAGCAGGAAAAGGUAAUACUACAGUUUGGAAAGAUUGGCAAAGACAUCUUCACUAUGGAUUAUUGCUACCCACUCUCUGCCUUCCAAUCCUUUGCUAUAUGCUUGAGCAGCUUUGACACUAAACCAGCCUGCGAAUGACCCCAUUCGUGUUAUAGAUCAUUGCUGUGGUACUUCCAUGAGAGGUGGUUGUAAAUGGAAGUCCUUUCGUGUCUGCCACUUGUCAUCUCCGAGUACCUUAGUUAUGAGGACUUUAGUUUUUAAGAGGGCAAUCUGGGCAACAAUUUCUUGUUUUGUGGGUUGCAUUCUGUGGGUGGGAGUUAACCUGUAACACUUCCUCUGGAUGUUGUAGUUACAAUCAAUAUCAAAUUAUUUUA